AUGAGUGCUCCCGCCCAGAAGUUCAAGGUCGCCGACAUCUCGCUGGCUGCCUUUGGCCGCCGCGAGAUCGACCUCGCCGAGAUCGAAAUGCCCGGUCUGAUGGCCAUCCGACAGAAGUACGCCGCCGACCAGCCUCUCGCCGGUGCCCGAAUUGCUGGCUGCCUGCACAUGACCAUCCAAACCGCCGUCCUCAUCGAAACCCUCAAAGCAUUGGGCGCCGAAGUCACCUGGUCCAGCUGCAACAUCUUCUCCACCCAAGAUCACGCCGCCGCCGCCAUUGCCGCCGGGGGCACGCCGGUCUUUGCGUGGAAGGGCGAGACUGAAGAAGAGUACGAAUGGUGCCUAGAGCAACAACUGCGUUCUUUCCCGUCUGGCAAGAGUCUCAACCUCAUCCUGGAUGACGGCGGUGACUUGACUGCCCUGGUCCACAACAAAUACCCCGAGAUGCUCAAGGACUGCUACGGCGUGUCCGAAGAGACCACAACCGGUGUCCACCACCUGUACCGCAUGUUGAAAGACACCAAGCUGUUGAUCCCUGCCGUCAAUGUCAAUGACAGCGUCACAAAGUCAAAGUUUGACAACCUGUACGGUUGCAGAGAGUCCUUGGUGGAUGGUAUCAAGCGCGCUACCGACGUCAUGAUUGCUGGCAAGAUUGCCGUCGUGGCUGGCUACGGCGACGUUGGCAAGGGGUGUGCUCAGGCGCUUCACAGCAUGGGUGCUCGCGUUCUCGUCACCGAAAUUGACCCCAUCAACGCCCUCCAGGCCGCUGUGUCUGGAUUCCAAGUGGUCACUCUGGACGAAGCCGCCCCUCUGGGUCAGAUCUUCGUCACCACCACUGGUUGCCGAGACAUUAUUGUCGGCCGCCAUUUCGAGGCGAUGCGCAACGACGCCAUCGUCUGCAACAUCGGUCACUUUGACAUUGAAAUUGACGUGGCCUGGCUGAAGAAGAACGCAAAGAGCGUCCAGAAUAUCAAGCCCCAAGUCGACCGUUACACGAUGGCCAGUGGCCGCAACAUCAUCCUCCUUGCCGAAGGCCGUCUAGUCAACCUAGGCUGUGCCACCGGCCACUCCUCGUUUGUCAUGUCCUGCUCCUUCUCCAACCAGGUCCUGGCUCAGAUCAUGUUGUACAAAGCCGAAGAUGAGGCGUUCGGCAAGAAAUACAUUGAAUUCGGCCAGAGCGGCAAGAAACAGAUCGGAGUCUAUGUUCUGCCCAAGAUCUUGGACGAGCAGGUUGCACUCCUGCACUUGGACCAUGUCAAUGCCAAGUUGACCAAGUUGACCCCUGUCCAGGCAGAGUACCUGGGUCUGGACAUCCAAGGUCCUUUCAAGGCCGACAUCUACAGAUACUAG